GCGCCGGGCUUGGCGGGCGAAGGAGGCGCCCGCUCCGGGCUGAGCCCGCCGGCCCCUCGCUCAACCCCAUGCUGGCAGCUACCGCGGCCCUCAGCCCCCUGCACGGACGUGCCGGAGACAUCCGCCUAGGCCCUCUUCCGGGAGGAAGUGACGCAUCCAGUCAUCUUCCGGUCCAGGAGGCUCGGCCCCACCUCCGCGCCGGGCAACUUAAAGGGACCGCGACCCCCAGGAGGAUUGAAGGAGACCGGGAGGCUGCCGGCGUGGACCGUGGGAAGGCGGGGCUGGGGCUCGGCGGGAGGCCACCCCCGCAGCCGCCCGGGGAUGAGCGCGCCCAGCAGCUGCUGGACGCCGUGGAGCAGCGGCAGCGGCAGCUCCUGGACACCAUCGCCGCCUGCGAGGAGAUGCUGCGGCAACUGGGCCGCCGGCGCCCGGAGCCGGCUGGUGGCGGGAAUGUCUCAGCCAAACCUGGAGCGCCCUCCCAGCCAGCUGUCUCCUCCAGAGGUGGCUUUCCAAAGGAUGCUAGCGAUGGAGCUGCGGAGCCCUGACCAUCCCCGAGCUGGGCGCCCUAUCUUCUCUCCCUCCCCGGGGCUGGUGGCUGGACUCUGAACAACUCCCUUUCAAUAAAGGGGCCAGUCUUCACUGGCAAUGGCUGGUAUUUGGCUCUCAGCCUGGGGAGGCAGCUAGGCUAGCAGCUGGGUUCACUCCCACUUCAUCCUGGCUGAAGGCAGUGCUGAGCUCGGAAAUGUAGCCGACGAAUGAAUACCCAGUCUGAUUACCCAGAUUUGGGCAGACCAGCAGUACUCGCCAGAAUUAUCUGGCCUGCUUUGGGGGAUCCAGGUGGUGUUACAUGUCCAUUUCAUGCUUUGGGGGCUCCUAGCCCCAGAAAACACUUUGAGCAGAGCCUUUAUUAAAAGGAAUCCUGCAGA